AUGGCUUCUAUCCGUGAAUUAUCAGCUGCUAGUCUUCUGAAAAUUGCAAGAGCAAGUUUCAGCAAAAUUUCUUCCCUGGAAUGUUUUGAUCUAUAUGUGCUUAACAAAUUCUUCGAUGGUGGUUGCUUUAAUCUUUCUGGAGAUGAGAUCAAAGACGUAGAGCUUGCAAUUCUUUUACCAGCCUCUGCUGACAAGGUUGGAAACCGACAGUUUGAUCAUGCGCGAAAGUUCCUCAACUUGUGUGAUUUCUUGUCUUCUAAUGCUGGAAAUUCAAUUCAAAGAGUGGUGUAUUAUUUUAGCAAGGCUCUUCGAGAGAGAAUUGAUGGAGAAACUGGGGCAACCUCAUCAAAGGCUAGGGAAAGCAGAGAAGGAGAACUAUCACAUCCGGAUGAGACAAUAGUGAGUUUGAACCGAGCUCUCAUUGCAUGUUUCCUAAAACUUCCCUUCAUUCAGGUUACACAGUUUUCUGGACUCCAAGCAAUCAUAGAAAAUGUAGCCUCAGCAAAAAAGGUUCAUUUUGUUGAUCUUGCAAUUAGAAGUGGGGCACAAUGUACAGCCUUGAUGCAAGCUCUUGCAACUCGUGAUGAAUGCCCAAUUGAGCUUCUAAAAAUAACUGCUGUUGGGACAACAUCACAGACUAAGAUGCAAGCGACUGACCUCAAAGAUAUCAGUGAGGAUAUCUUUGAGUUAAAUGAUGGUGAAGCCGUUGUCAUCGGCUCCCGGACUCUGCUGAGACAUACUUUAACACAACCUGAUUGCUUGGAAUCUAUAAUAAGAAUGCUCAAGAACCUCAAUCCAUGGAUUGUGGUUGUCAAAGAGUUUGAGGUAAAUCACACAUCUCCGAUUUUCGUGGAACGGUUUUCUGAAGCAUUAUCUUUCUAUACUGCAUUUUUUUAUUGCCAUGAAGAUUGUAUGGAUCGGUGUGAUCAAAACAGGAGGAUUUUGGAAGCUGCAUACUUAGGUCAAGAGAUCCAAAAUAUUGUUGCAGCAAAGGAUGAGGAUAGGAUUUUCCGGGACAUGAAGAUUGAAGCUUGGAGAACCAAUUUGGUGGCCAAACAGUUUGCUCCUGGAAAUUCUUGUGCAUGUUAUAGGAAUGGGCAGUCCCUAGUUGUCAACUUGAAAGAGACACCAAUUCUAUCACUUUGUGACAAAGGAGAAACUUAUUAUUGUGCAAGAGUUCAAUUUGGAAUGACUAAGGAAGUACGUAAGUCAAGUCUGCAAUAA